AUUGGAUUGAAUACCGAACUAAUCACUUUUUACCCUAGCAACAAAAUGGUGCAGUUUCAAAGAUUUUAAGAUGCCCGAGGCAACACAAAUGAAGAUUGAGGAGAAUACAGUUGUAUUCAAUCAAACUAAAAAGGAAGCCUUUACUCUGAGUCAACAUUUUACAGAAAUUGCUAAGUACCUCAAAUCCUCUUGGAAGGUUGUUGUAAAUAAAGAUGAAAUUACAAACGAACGUCUUAGCAUUGUCAAGUUGUUCGUAAUAUCUGGACCUACAGAAAAGUUUAGUGCUGCAGAGUUUAAUUCUAUUAAAAAAUAUCUUGAGACUGGUGGAUCUUUGCUUGUUCUUAUGGGUGAGAACGGUGAGGCAAAAUAUACUACAAACAUAAACUUCUUAUUGGAGCAGUUUGGGGUCAUGGUUAACAGUGAUACCGUCCUGCGAACGUCAUAUUUUAAAUAUUAUCAUCCUAAAGAAGCAUUGAUCCCGAAUGGAGUACUGAAUAGAGGAAUAGCGGAAGUCUUGGAAAAAAUGUCCAUAUCAGCUACGCAAAUGGACUUAUCACAUAAACAGGCGUUACAAUUCUUAUAUCCUUAUGGAGCUUCUCUCAAUGUUGCCAAACCUGCAGUUGCACUACUGUCAACUGGAAGUGUUGCGUUUCCACUUAAUAGACCUGUUUGUGCCGUUUACAAAUCCCUCUCACCUAACGGUGGGACUUUAGCUGUUGUUGGGAGCGCAGCCAUGUUCUCUGACCCAUAUAUAAACAAAGAAGACAAUUUUAAAAUAUUCGAGUUUUUAUUCAAAUACCUUACAGAAGAAUCCGUCACGCUAAACUCCAUAGAUUCCGAAGAACCAGAAAUUGAAACAUACUACCAAGUCCCUGAUAUUAUAAGCCUAUCGAGUAAUCUAAUGUCUUGUUUACAAGAAAGUGAUGAACUUCCACAGAAUGUCAAAAAUUACUUUGAUCAAGGUUUGUUUUGUAUGGACACAAGCCUCGUUCCGAAAGCUAUUCAGGCUUAUGAAAAACUCCGUGUGAAGCACGAACCCUUAAGUUUAAUUUCACCUCAGUUUGAAACUCCUUUACCUCCAGUGCAACCUGCAGUAUUUCCUCCUAACUUUCGUGAACCUGGUCCACCACCAUUAGAAUUAUUUGACUUAGACGAACAAUUUUCUACACCCAAAGCACGUUUAGCCCAGGUAACAAAUAAAUGUAACGAGGACGACCUAGAAUAUUAUAUUCGUGAAUGCGGUGAUAUUUUAGGUGUAUCACAGAAAUUAUCAACAGACAAAAUGACAUCACGUAUUAUUUUAGAAGUUAUAUUUAAUGAACUAGUAGAGUUUAAAAAGUUUAAUCAGGGACUUGAUGAAGCUGGUGACUGAUUGAUGAUUGAGCACUGUCAAUCAUCAUUAUCAUCCGUAUCAAUGAGACACGCGUCAGCACUUUAUUAGUUUUCAUAAAAUUAGGAUGAAUUGGAUAAACAUGUGUUUAUAAAUAUACUACUAUCCAUGUACCUGUAUAAUCAUAAUAAAAUUUUUUUUAAUAAUUGAGUUAUCCCCAAGUCCCUGAAACAGAGAUAGGCAGUUCUCUCAGGAGAUACCUCCUCCUUUUGAAACAUUUAAU